UGUUUAGAGAGCAUCUUUCAUAAGUAACUGCAACGCAGUACUCGCUUAGUUGUGCUUUCGAGGGUGGAGCUCUGGCUCUUUGGUCCCACCUCUCAACUGUCCGUCAAAUGGUGAACAGUUUCCUAAGCCUACUGGUCUCUAGCAUAUCUACAUUUGAAACUCUGUAUGGAGUCUGCCUCAUGCAUUCCAUCUUUUAACUACUCCUACACUGAAAAAGUUAUUUUUAAUGUCCCUGUGGCUCUUUCAGGUACUCAGUUUACACCUGUGUCCCCUUGUUUGCCUACCCCUCGUGUUAAACAAUUUAUCUUUAUCUAGUAGCUACUUUAUCAGUAACUCCCUGUCCCAGGCCUGUUCAGUAGCUCUCCGUCCCUGGCCUGUUCAGUAGCUCCUUGUCCCAGGAAUGUUCAGUAGCUCUCUGUCCCUGGCUUGUUCAGUAGCUCCCUGUCCCUGGCUUGUUCAGUAGCUCUCUGUCCCUGUCUUGUUCAGUAGCUCCCCGACCCUGGCCUGUUCAGUAGCUCCCAGACCCAGGCCUGAUCUCUUCCUCGCCAUGGCUAUUGUUAUCUUUAUGUUUUCUGGUAACUGUUUUUCUUAGUUUUAGGUAGAUCUUUGAUCCCCUAGCUUCAUUUGCCUCGUAGAGUAAGAUUCUGACUUGAAGUAGGGGAGAGAGAGGACUUCAGAGACCUGCUGCUUCUACCUAGGUCGUAUCUUAUCCUGUGUCAAUCAUCGAGGAACUCCUUAUGUCUCUCCCCGAAACUGGCAUUUAUCACAUUCAAUGCUUGAUGUUGAAAAGGAGGAAAAUAGGGAAUAGAGUUCCGUGGUUAUUUAUUAUUAGCUUAACAUAAAAACUAUAAUUUUAAACUAUAUAAUAUUCACUUCCAAUCUAUUUUCCUGAAUCUGAUAUAUAAUGCUUUGUCUUUCCAGAUGGCAAAAAACUGAAAAAUUUUGAUUAGAAAAAGAAAAUAUUACAAAACCUUUUAUAAUACAAAUUGAAAAAACUAUUCAAUCUACAAAAUAAUAAUUAUAUCAAACGAAAUUGAACAUAAAAUAUAAUGAAAUUAAAAAUAUAAAUAAAAUAUGAACUCUGUAAUUUAUUCAGAAAUAAAGGGGAAAAUUGUAACUCAUUUAUGAUUUAUAUUCACAAUACGGGUUGAAAAUUGGAAAUUUGACCAUAUAAAAAUUAUGACUAUUUUCUGUCCCACUUUAAUAUCAUAUGAACAACAUUGAUCUCAGUUCAUGUAAUCUUCACACAAUAACCAAAACCAGCAUGAAACACUGAAGGAAGGGAACUCUCAGGAGAAAGCGCCAAGAAAUUAAGACUAUAUAGCCAUGAAAGAGUGUUGCUAGGAAUGUCUUGAAAAGUUGUGUGAGGCACGAGUCAUAAAGCCACCUCCUUCACAUUGUCUGCCAGGAUGCCGCACCCAGUAAUCACUGAGAGAGACCUCUACAUAUUAAGGUACAACCUUGCUGUGACUAAGGCAGCAAGAGAUGAAAUAGCUACAGUGUUCAAUUGCUUACAUAGAGGGAACUAUCCAAUACGGUCCCAAGCUCAGGAUGGGAUUGCUUAUCAAAGGCUCAACCGUUCUUUAUUGUCUGAGGAGAGGAAUAUACUUGACACGCACAUGUGCUCAGAUAAUUUUGAUAUCACCCUCUUGUAUAAACUUCUGCAACAUGUAUGUGAUCUGGCUCUAAAUAACGAACCCAUAUGGUGGACUCCAGUUGCUCGGCCAUCACUCGAGCACCUCCUCUACAAGCUCAAGAAAAUCAGAAAUAAUAUAAUGCACCAAAGUAUGAUGAUAAGGACACAGGAAGACCUCGAGGAUAAAUUAACGAAGCUCAGUGACAUAGUGUGGAAAAUGUUGCUGAAGGCUGGGUCUCGGUGCUGGAGACUCAGCCACUCUAUCGAUGUGGCUGAUCGAUAUCAGAUAUUCACAAAUUAUAUUAGUAGACUAAGAGAAAAAAUCAGAGAGUCUUUGGAUCCUUCAGAUGUUCCGCUCAUAUAUCAGCUUCGCCAGGAGUAUUAUAUGAUAAUUAAUCGAAUCACACAACAGGUUAAAAGCGGGAUCAAGCAGGAACUUGCCGCCUACCACCAUAUGAAUCCCAUCGUUCUCUCACACUUGUUCUACCCCAACAUCAACUGUCACCAAAGUUUUACUUCCAUAACACUGCGACUAUUUACAGAUCCCGUCAUAGUGUCAACACACACCCAGGCAGCCAAGGGUCAAGAUAUAAACUAUGAAGAUAUCUUAAGUGUGAGAUAUGAUAACGGAAGUGUCCCCCAGUGUGUCCUCCUGACGGGGGAAGGUGGUAUGGGCAAGACAACUUUACUCAAGCUUAUCCUCGAGAAGUGGGUAGAGGACCCUGCUGCCAUACAUCACCUGGGCAUUGUGGACCUCGUUUUCUAUGUACAGUGCAGGGACACACAUCUUAAUACCUUCGAUGGUCUCCUCCGCCAGUUACUGCCUCAAACACUUCAUGAUUCUCAAGUUGACUUCCAGUUGUUUAAAGAGAUAAUCCUGAGCUUAAAUAUAUUAGUCCUGAUUGACGGCUACAACGAGGUCAACGACCAAUCAGAACGGCUGGUGGAAGAGCUGUUGCACCUGCCUGGCAAGGAUGUGAGGUUGGUGAUAACCACACGGCCGGGGUGGGACCAACACCUGUCACAGCUCGUCCCACACACCAGACCUCGCUGCAACAUCCUCGUCUUGGGCAUCACUCCAGAACGUCGCGUGGAGUUCGCCGAGAGAAUCAUCAACACUCAAGUGCAGGGAGAGUGCCAACGGAGUGUCAUCACAGGGAGGUUUACCCAGCGGCUGGAGCAGAUGAGUCAGUUCCUGGGUGAGUACCUCAACACUCCACUCACCUUGACCUUGUUGGCGCUGCUGUGUGUCGAGGCUCCAGAAGAAUUUAACAACCACACCACAAUCACUCAAGUCUACGAGAAGAUUCAUGACUUAAAGAAAAAUAUACUAGUAUCUACGUUCAAAGCCUUCCGGAUAUAUGACCCCAAUGGAACAUGUGAAAAUUUGAUGUUGUUCAUUGAGGAGGUUAGUUUAAGAGGGCUCAAGAGGCAGGAGUACGGCAUCUGGCCGGAGACGAAAGAGGAGAUUGAGGAGAAGUGUAACUCUCUGGGACUACCGCUGCGGCUGGUCUUGGACUACUAUCUCACAAUCACCAAAUACCGUCAGGGCGGUAACAGGGAUGUGGUGUUAGUGUUUGGCUAUGUUUACACCAGGUACCAGGAACAUUGUGCUGGCAGGAGUCUGGUCACUCAGCUGAUGUCAGAGGAAAACCUCCGCGACCAGGGGAACACCAAUCUCGUGCACAGAGUACUGCUGGAGGGACAAAAUAUGACGAGUGUUCAUAUAUCCAGAUACCGGAAUAUCUUACUCAGUUCUACCUGUGUGCUAAAUGUUCGUCAAUUGGAACAAAGUUUUUCUUCUUGGAUAAUUGAACUUGUGUGUUGUAAUGAUAAUGAAGUGGAUAACCUUCUAAAGCACAUAGUCGAGUCCCACAACAACGAGCACGUUAUCAGUGCUGUGUGUGAGAGGCUGACAGUUUUGAAUUGUUGGAAGAUAAAGUGUGUUGAUUCAUGUGCCGUUCUCCCGCUUGUUCUCAGCAGAGUGAUACCUGAUAGCGAAAUCUUGCUAGAGAUCGAAAGUAGACUACAACAAAACCAACUAAUGCCAGCACUGAGAGUUCUGAUGACACUACCGAUUACUGUAAACGUGCUUCUCUAUGGUCACUACUUUUACAGAAAUGACGAUGACGAUCUUUCGAACAUAUACUUAGAAACAUUGACAGCUCCUGGCAGUAGCUGUACCUUGGAGCAGUUUGUGGGUCGAUUGUCUGAGGCAGCCAUACCCCACUUGCCUCCCACCCUCCGGAGCCUCGCCCUGCGCCUCACACUGCAGGAACUGCCCGUCCUCACAAAUCGCUUGCAAGAUCUUCGCAGAGUCAAUAAACUAAGUAUUACCGUGGAAGCUACGGGCAACGAGGACCUGGCCACCUUGCCCAGUCUGCAAUAUCGGGGAUGUGGACUCGAACUGACAAUCGUCUGCAGCUUCACCGAUGACAGCCCCAACCUCGACUGGUGUUGUCGUCUGGCUCGGCAACUUUGUCCUCGCACCAGCACCAGACUUCCCUCGUACCCUUUUCUGAACUUCUGCGGCACUGACAUCACCAGUGUAGGUGUGGAGAAUCUUCUGAGAGGACUUGACCGUGAGGGCGUCACCACCAACAACCUCUUAGUGGAGGUCACAGACUAUCUUUCCCUGGAAGAAAAUCAUCGCCUAAGACGUCUGGCUCGAUGGUUCGGAAUUCUGGGUUUUCAAGUCACUUGGACUGGAAGAAGAACCGACUAACUCACGAAAACACUCGUCCAAUACUUUAGACCUCUUGGAGCUGCAUGUUAGUGUCUGCUGUUACAAAACUGACUUUGUAAUUAUGUCUUAAAUGAGUUGUAAGAAGUUAGAAGUUUGAAUGAAUUUCAACGUAUUUUCUACAUUUAUGAUUUGUAAAUUCCUGGUGGUGCAAAUAUGCUCUUUCAGUGCUCUAGACCUCUGACCUGCAAUCAUUGAAAUUAUAAUAUUUCUUCCUCGUCAUGCUUAGAUACCCACGAUUUUCAAACUUUCCAACAUCUACUGUAAAUUAUAUUGGUGAUACACUCUUGACUGAGAUAGAUGAAAGUUAACAUUAGAGAAUCAUGUAGUCAUGAUGUAUAUAUAUAUGUUUUCUCUCAAUCAGUAUCAGGAAGAUUAAAUUGAAAGAAAACUUCGCCAAGUUUCUUUAAUAUAUUCAAGAGGAAAUGGUUCUUAGCGCCACUAAACUUCAAUUAUAUAUGGGAUAAUUUAUUCUAAAUAAGAUAUUCCAGCUAUACUAGGCUCGUUGAGAUGUUGAAUCAGUACUUAAGUAUUUCAAUAACACGAACACGGAUCAGGUCAAGAGUGCACAAUUACAGAUGUUUAAAGCAAUGCCACAAAAUCACAACACAACCACCUGCGGCAAAGAUUCAAGGAAUCUUGGGCGCAGGUGGUUGUGUUGUGAUAUUGUGUCGACCAAUAUCGACCAAUAUCCAGGGAAACUAGGUGCUUGGAUCGACUCAAUACCCUGGGCUACCAGGUGCUUGGGUCGACCAGUACCCAGGGUAACCAGGUUCUUGGGUCGACCCAGUACCCAGAGCAACCAGGUGCUUGGGUCGAUACAGUACCCAGGACAACCAGGUGCUUGGGUCGACUCAGUACCCAGGACAACCAGUUUCUUGGGUCGACACAGUACCCAGGACAACCAGGUGCUUGGGUCAACACAGUACCCAGGGCCACCAGGUGCUUGGGUCGACACAGUACCCAGGGUAACCAGGUGCUUGGGUCGACACAGUACCCAGGGCAACCAGGUACUUGGGUCUACACAGUACUCAGGACAACCAGGUGCUUGGGUCGACACAGUACCUAGGACAACCAGGUGCUUGGGUCGACACAGUACCCAGGGUAACCAGGUGCUUGGGUCGACACAGUACUCAGGACAACCAGGUGCUUGGGUCGACACAGUACCUAGGACAACCAGGUGCUUGGAUCGAUACAGUACCGAGAGCAACCAGGUGCUUGACUGGGUGCAGGUGGGAGGUGUCUUCGUGUUGGAUGUUCAGUUACCUGCACUUCUUUUAUUGGUCUUUUUUACUUUUGUUGAGGUAUAAUAUGGUACGUGUUGGGUAAUAUGCGGCUGGGUCAACACUAGUUAUAACUUCUUUCCAAGUUGUGGUUGACUUGAUUGUAUUUAUGGUGUAUGCAUAACUUGUUGCUUGAAGAUUUACAUCCUUUGGGUUUACCAUGUAUUCUGGGUUUAUGUCUACUCAAUACUGUUACUGUUCAGUGGGAUGUGACAUUGUUAUUGAUCAUUUCCAACUGUGAAAGUUCAGGUAGUGAUGAUUUUGGAUUCUGUCCCUCCAGGAGUAGGGUUGGGGGGGGGGGGGGAGAGUCAAGGCAUAUUUUAAAUAUAAUGUGUUAAGACUUGUCAUG